CUAAGAUUGAACUUGGAAGUGUUUACCAGCGAGCAGCCGUCACUGAUACUACGGAUUAAGCUCUGUGCCAUGUAACGUGUAGUUCCAGAAAUCCCUCCAGGCUCGCAGUUCCCCUCCCAGCCCCCCUCCUCCUCCUUUGCAUUAUACACCUGCCUGUUCGGCAGGUUACCAGGGCUGCACCUAGACACGAACUCAGGCAAUACGUGCACAGCUCCUGCAUGAGGAAGCAGGAAGAGUUUGUCCUCAUAUUGGUCAAUAAACAAAGACACGGAAACGGGAGUCAAGCAGCGGAGAAGGAGCCGAGCGGAGCUAACCAGCUGCGAUACUUGGUAAUACUGUGAGGGAUAGGGGGGGGGGGGGCGGUGAUUUGGUCAAACUGGCACCCCAGUUUCCUAUUCAUUUUGGCCGAUGGGUCACAAGAGACUGGGCACAGAAAGAAGAACCAGAGAUCGGUGGAGAGUAGAUAUAAACAUACAAAAUGAACCUGCUUUCAAACUCCCACUACUCCUGACCAGCAGCAAUGACUGUAGUACACAUCAUCCCCAAUAUAGGCAAUACAGAGCAAAGAAAAGGUUACCUGUGCAAUAUCCCAAAUCCUUCCUACACUAACUAUUCACCUUGCUGCUCCCAGCUAAACAUCUCCAAUGACACAGAGAUACUUAGUACUGCUGGGGAGGUUUUCGGACAAUUUGGGGGUCCCCUCAGUGACAGGGCAAACAUUUGGGGGUAUUUACUUAUUUGUUAAUGCUUGUGUCUACAAUUGGUAUUUUGCCACUGUGGUGAAAUGUGGGUCUGUCCGUUAAGAAUAUACAGAAGCGUUAACAUGAUUCGGGUUAUCUGUAUUAGAACGUUGUAUUUGUUAAGAAAUUGUUAAGUCCCUACACAAAAUUUUCUAUAAAUAUAUUCCAGUUUUGGGAUGAAGUAAAUUCCACAGAAUUAUGGUCUGAGAUUUGUCCAAGGGGUGACUGGUGCCAUUCUAGAAAAAGGCUAGCCCAUGUUGCCACACAUUUACUGGGUGGAUAUGGUAAUAUACAAAUAAUGCAUCAUCUAAGCCAAUCCAUGGUGGACUAAAGCCAGUAAAAAAUGAAAGUGUACCCAGCAAUCCAUGCUUGCAGACGAGGCUAGUAACUUGUAGGCUUGGCUAGUAUUCUAGGCUUUGAUAUUUUGGUCCCGGUUUUAUCUCACAGCUAAGUUAUUUUGGCCUCUGAAACAUCCAGGUCAGAUCCCAGCCAGCCCCAUUUAGUGAAUGACUUUGACAUUUUUGUACAUAAAGCCUCAAACAUACUUAAUGUAUUCACUAAACCAGAAAUUACGCUGGGAAAUGCAAAUUUUUCCAUUCAAAUAACAACUGGAAAUACUCUGGAUCCGCUAUUUUGAAUUAACAAUUUAAAUUCCCGUCAUAUCUCGGUUUAGUGAAUAAAUCUCUCUGUUCUGCCAGGAACCUCAAUCCAAUAUAACAGUCUGUGGCCAGUGUUUGGUUAACAAAGGAGGGUGUGAACACUAAGGUCGAGUUCACACGUUUUGUGGAUUUAGCCUUGGGGUUUAUUUCACGAUAGCUGCGUGUCGUCAUUUAAUGAUUUUGCUGCCGGGUCUGCAACGAACGCUAGAAUAAUAACCUGCCUUAGUUUUUGCACCGUGUAACGCCAAUGGAAGCAGUCUGUACGCAUAGGGUCACAACAUGUUCCUUCAAAAGUGCUGCCCUGUAGUAUGUAGCAUUCAUAUUCUGCAGGAUAGAAAUCAAUAACCUAUUCAAGGCAGACGUUUGGGAUUGAUCCUUGAUUUAUGAGCUGAUUCUCUCCCUAUCACCUUUACAUUCUAUAGACCGCAGGGCAGCACUUUUCAUACUCUGUCCAUCAUCUUAUUAAAAGGAAACAUGAUGUACAUAACAAGGCUGAAACGAUCGUCUGGGGUUGCUGUAUCUCUCGUGCAGAGAGAGCUUGCUGGCAUUUCGGAUCUGGACUGCCUGUAUGGAUGGGACCAGUCUGAUAUGCUUCAGAUAUGUUCUCUCUGUAAUGGCACAAGUUGAGCUAAAACCAGCUUGAGUUCUGAGCGGGGACCCACCGAAGGGCAGGCUAUUUUAGCUGCUGUCCGUCCUCAGAAUACUCUUGCGACCCAUUUUUUGCUCUCCAUGAUGUACAAAACUCCUGCCAUUUACUGUACAUUUUACUUCCUGCUACGCCUCUCCUUCUACUCGUAAAUACCUUAAAAAUACACUGUGUUUAUAACCGCACAGCAAUAAAAUACCUAACUGAGCAGAAUAAUGUCACAAGGCUGUUACCUCCAGCCGCUGCAGGAAUGGAGAAUACACAGUGCUGUCCUCUAAAGUGUGAACUGUUGUGAAUUUAAAAAUUUAUGCCAAAAUAUCCGAUCCUGAUUUGGUGUAUUUUAACAGUUCUGCUAUUUUUGCCUAAAAUUUGAAAAAUGACUUACAGUUUCUUAAAAUUGACAUCAUAGGUUGUUCGCAAAACUCUGAAUUGUAGCAAAUUAAAAUCUAUACCUAUAGAGGUUGUAACGGACCGUUUUGCCCACAAGAGGUUAAAAAACGUUUAGGUGAUAUUCCCCUCUCAGAUGCACAGGCAGCUACUGUAGACACCAAUCCACUGAACCGGAGAAGCAUAUGAAUGCUCUCAAACAUACGAAUACUGUAAACAGCCUAAUAGGAAAAACCAUACGAAUAGGUUUACACUCCUAGCAGUCGAACUGGAACAGCAUACAAUAAAUCCCCCCAAGAACGAGACAAGGCUCCCUUUUGAGGGUCAAGCAGGAACAGGUUUACUGGGGCUACCUGCCCGGCUUUUAUGCAGGUCUCCCCCCUGGUGGACACUCCCUUAGGGGACCAGAUGGGAAACUGGGAAACAUAUUGGCCCUUUGCCAAUCACAUACAUACACCUUUAAACACUCCCACAAUUACAUCACAAUCCCUCCUCUCUGUCCUGGAGAUAAUUGGGAAGUAAUCCAAUUAUCUCCAAGGACAGAGGCAAAACUCCAUUACACACAUUUUCAGUAAAAGACAUAAAAUUACACAUAGUCACAUUUAUUACAUAAAACAUAUACAUCCUACCUAUCCCCAGAUAGCUUAGAUCUGAGCACACAUUACUACUGAAUGGCGCUCAGAUCACAUACAUACAUUUCAAUCGCCAUGGAGCCAAAGUAUUUCACAUAGUCUUUCGUUACACGAAUAGGCUCCAUGGCUUAGCUAUCUGGGUGAUGCUGUUCAUCCGGUUAAACUACCGAAUGAACCGUCAUUCGGUUACGCUACCGAAUGGGAAGGUAAGGAGGCUGGCGGCUCAGCGGUGUUCGCGCCAAUAAGUGUCCGUUUUCAGUUCCAUAGUUUGGGCGCUGAACACCGCUGGCCAUUUGGGAGGUAAAAUGGCCACUGCCACGUGUUCGGCAGACGAACAAAGGCCACCCAGCGUUCAUCAAUUAAGCUGCGGUUAACCGCAGCUUCUGGGCGGUCAAUUGACGGCACACUCCAGUUCCCAGGUGGUCCAUCGUUCGGUAGUUUGAAUCUACUGAACACCCCGGCAGAAAGGCACGAAUAAACCUUUCAGUAGGGGAAAUAACAGAGCUGAACUGCAGGGCCAUAGUCUAAAGGGAGCAGGCGAGCAACCAGGCUUCUCCAGUGCAUAGUGGCGAGGUUGGUUCCGCCACAGAGGUUUAUACACUAAAUCAGGAAACGACAGAGAAAAAUGACUGAAGUUUAAACUAUUUCUUGUUAAAUCUGUGUUCCUAACACUAUCAUGCCCUCGUCCACAUUUAUAUUAGAGUCCGCUAGAGGUGUGUUUAACCCAGGAAUGCAAACAUUGUAAGUAUAUAAAUUUUACAACGGUGAAAUAAAGGGGGAAAGAUUGCAAUUGGUUAGAGGAACAAAGGGUAAAUACAGGCCUGGUUAAAUGAGCUUACAAUCUAAUGGCCAUAUUUGACGUUGCUUUACAAAGUCUAUACUUUUCUUACAUUUAUGGUGGUGCAAUGUAUAGAUUAAUUUUAUGCUCUUUCCUUAGAAUAAAAGUUAAUGAGUUAGUGUACACAUAACAGUAAGGUUCUAGUGUCCCAUUAUUCCUUAUUACUAAAUAACUUGUAUUGAAUUUCCAUUGAAAAUCUCCUCUUUAAGCCGACCACCUUGAACUCUCCAUAAAGUGUAUCAGCAUUGUGUGUCUUUGUAUUUCUCUGCAGGAAGUAGAAACGAGGUGACCCCUUGCCCAUCGUCCCAAGAUGUCAACCAACAGUAGUAUUCAGCAGCAGUUUCAGGAUCAGUGGAACGAUGUGCUCGGGAAAAUUGCCUCCAAGCAGAUAUUUCAGUCCGACUGGGAUAUCGCUGCCUUUGUCAUUUUCUUUACAUUUAUCGGUGAGAAUCCUGAGACCAAAUCUAAUUUUUACCCCAAACUGACAUUAGUAACCAUCUCACACCUUCCAGAAUCAGUUUAUAUCUAUUGUUUAGAUAGAGGGUUACUGUAACCCUUCUUGAACAUUUGUUUUAAGUUAACAUGUGCUCCUGGGUCCUUGCCUCCUGUUUAAAAUCUGCAAAAAAGAGUUUAGACUUACCUGCAAUCUAGUGGCGGGUGAAGCGCCCGGCGCUGAUCUCCUUUCUCCGUCAGCAUGGGCUUUGCACAGUCCAAUCACAGGCUUCUCAUGGAGGAGAGGGAGUAGGGAUUGGUCAGCAGAGUGAAACACAAAAAUAAAAAGAGUUGCAAAUGAAACGCGUAGAACCGGGUGGGGGGGAGGGGGGCACGAAUACACAAAGGGAGGUCAAGCUUCCUCCUUGCAGGUUCUGGGGAUGUUAGCGCACCAAUUCUAGUAGAUUAUGAACCAGAUAAAGAUAUAAUAAUCCUUUUAAAUGGGCUGGUGUCUGUUUUGGGACCCCUCGCCCCUUCUCUCUCUCUCUCUCAGUGAAUGACAUUGUCUGGGCACUGUUUAGUACUGGCAUGAGGGCCAUCACAAUAUAUCUCUGAUUCUUCUCCCCAGGGCUGAUUCUCUUCCUAAUCGUCCUCGUCCUCAUCAGAUGUUUCUGCUGCUGCUGUUGUGACUGUGAUUCGACUGGGAAUAAGGUAAUGGAGGAUGGCGCCUGCGUGGCUACCUGCUGCACCUGCGCAUUGUUUGUACAUACUGUGACGGUAGAUUUAUACAUAUAUAUAAAGCUAGAAGGAUUUGUUCAUUCCAUGCAUGCCAAUGACUUAUUUAUAAAUAAAGUGAAAUAUUUCUUCUAUCCACAGAAACAUUACAAACAAAAGAUUGGCGUGGACAACCAUGGUAUGGAGCUAUAACGCACUCUGCGUUAAUGACUGACAGCGCAUGGAGCCAAUGAAAACAGAGACAUUUUAUUCCUCUCUCCUGCUGAAAUGAAGCCACACCCCCUAGGGAAUUGUUAAAUAGUUCGUAAUAGCAGAAUUGAUUCAUAAUUAAAGUCAGUAUAGGGAAACUAACAAAUAAAAAGCAAAUGGAAUUUAAAUAUUGUGAAAAAACAUGAGGCCACUCUCUGCUGAUAUAAUGCUUUUUGUUGAAUUUGGGGGGUUUGUUGAAUUUGGGGGUUUGUUGAAUUCGGGGGUGCUAACCUGCUGCAACUAAAAAAACAAUCACAAAAAUUAACAGUUUGUUUAAAAAAGUUAAUGAAUGCCCCAUCGAAUUCUCUGCAUUUACUCACAACAACGAAGUUGGUGAAUAUAAUUGUACGCGUGUGAUAAUUAAUAUGCACAUGAUUAGCAAUACUUGUACAAUAGUGCAGUACAGGAAAACAUUAGUUUAUAUUAUUAACAACAUACUAAAAUGCAUUGUCUUCCUUGAUCUAUUAUCAGCAAUGAAAUGUUUGUUAUGGCUGAUGACCGUUAUGUAAUUCAGCAAUUAUAUUUAUAGUUUCGACUUUGUAAAUAAAAGUGUUUUAUUUUAGUAGUGAAACUAAUUAUUUCUUCAUGUUCUUUAUUUACUUGGGC